UAGAGAGUAAGGUCCACCCGUAUCAAACGGUCAAGCGGCUGCAUCAGAGACUUGAACUAAAUCAAGUGGCUACCUGUUUUAAAAAGCGAGGUGCCUUCAUGUCCUGGGCCAAGGACAACAUCCACAAGAGGGAAUGCUGCUUCUUUGAACAAGGCGUCAGAGAGGAUGUAUGCAAGUGUGGAUACCCAAAGACCAAUCAUGUUGCUGAAACAAUCAAGUCAGACGAUUUCACAGGCGAGUCCUGGGACAGAUACAGACAUGUCCGUGAAGUGCCCACGGAUGCUUUUGGAGACAUCAGCUUUGGUGGUUUGGGACAGAAGACUGGCAAGUAUGCACGAGUGUCCACAGACACAAGCCCAGAUAUCCUGUACGAGUUAUUGACCGAACAGUGGAAGCUUUCCCCUCCCAAACUGCUGAUCUCAGUGACCGGAGGAGCCAAGAACUUCUUUCUGAAGGCUCGACUCAAGAACAUGUUCCACAGAGGUCUUAUCAAAGUGGCCCAGACCACAGGAGCGUGGAUCAUCACUGGGGGUACGCACACAGGUGUGAUGAAGCAUGUGGGGCAGGCGGUGAGGGACCACGCCUUGAGCAGCUCCAUGCAGGGCCAGAUUGUGGCUAUCGGAGUUGCAACGUGGGGAAUAAUUCACAACAGGGGCGCUUUGGUGCAUUCAGAGGGUCGCUUCCCAGCCCAUUAUGUGAUGGACAUCAAUGGCCAGGGCCCACUCUCUUGCCUUGAUAACAACCACACCCACUUCCUGCUGGUGGAUGAUGGGACCCAUGGACACUAUGGAGUGGAGAUUGAACUGCGUAGCCGUCUGGAGAAAUGCAUCUCCGGAAAGCGUCUCGGAAACACAGAAAGUGGCGUGACCAUCCCUGUGGUGUGCGUGGUUCUGGAUGGAGGACCGGGCACUCUAAAUACCAUUUAUAACUCCAUGCUGAAUGGUACACCGUGUGUGAUCCUAGAGGGCUCUGGGAGAAUAGCGGAUGUGAUUGCCCAGGUGGCAGGACUGCCAUUGGCCCGGGUCACCAUCGCCCUCAUCCGCCAGUUAAUGAAAAAGUUAUUUGGCCAAGAGUAUGAAACCUUCAACCACCUCAAGAUCAUAGAAUGGACCAAGAAGAUUCAGGACAUCAUCAGGAUGUCUCACUUGCUGACAAUAUUCAGUACAAGCGAGGAUAAUCAUGGAGAUGUGGAUUUGGCUAUUCUUCAAGCACUACUCAAAGCCUCGAGGUCCAGCGAGACACUGGGAAUCGAUAGCUGGAAGAGGCAGCUGAAGCUGGCUAUAGCCUGGAACCGGGUGGACUUGGCUGAGACAGAGAUCUUCACCGAGGAGAGGCAGUGGAAGUCCAAUGAACUCCACUGGGCGAUGUUCUCAGCCCUAGUUGGCAACAAGCCUCAGUUUGUCAGUCUGCUGCUGGAGAACGGUGUGAGUCUGAGGGAUUUCCUUCAGGACGAGGAAACUCUGUGUGGCCUCUACAAGCAGCUGCCCAGCUGCAUAUUUCUCCGCAAGCUGGCCAAGCGAGUCGCCAGCAGUUGCCGCAGGAGGAGGAAGGCCAUCCGCAUCGGGCCUCAAGGUCAAAGGGGGAAUGGUGAAAUGAUCUCUAUGACUCAUGUGUCGGAUGAGGUGCGCCACCUGCUGGGCAGUUUCACCAAGGCCAUCUACCCUCCCUCCGACAUGACAUACCACUUCGACAUUUCUACAUCUGUAUCACUGUCUCAAAGUGUGGCGGGUUCCAAUGCGCCACUCAGGGAGGACAAUGCUGAAACACAGAGUGACCCAGGCAGAGACCUUUUCCUUUGGGCUGUGGUCCAGAACAAUAAGGAGCUGGCUGAAAUCGCCUGGGAGCAUUGUAUAGACUGCAUGUCUGCUGCUCUGGCCGCCAGUAAGAUCCUGAAGACGUUGGCGGGGGAAGGAAGUGAUGCAGAAGAGGCAGAGGACAUGAAAGAGCUCGCCAAUCACUAUGAGAAACAUGCCAUUGGUGUGUUCAGCGAGUGCCACAACAGCGAUGAAGAGCGCGCUCAGAAGUUGUUGGUUCGUGUGUCUCCGUUUUGGGGGAGGACGACGUGCCUGAGGCUGGCACUGGAGGCUGACGAUAAAAGCUUUGUAGCUCAGUCAGGUGUUCAGGCUCUUCUGACACAGAUCUGGUGUGGUGAGCUUUCAGUGGACAACCCAGUGUGGAGGGUGCUGAUCUGCAUGGUCUUCUUCCCACUUAUCUACACUGGUUUUCUGGUUUUCAGACGUGAUGAAGUCAUUAAUAGAGAAACUGAGAAGAACCAGGAGAUCAAGACAGUGGAGUCAGCAACAGGAAGUACAAUUCGAACAAAGUAUCGUAGCCCUGACCGCUCCGGCCCGAAGCACCCCAUGACUCUGAACUGCUGGGAACGGCUGGCCCAUCUGUACAGCUCUCCACAGGUCAAGUUUUACUGGAAUAUCGUGUCCUACUUUGCUUUCCUCUUCCUUUUUGCUGUGGUGCUGAUGAUUGACUUCCAGGCUAUGCCCUCUCCUGGGGAGGUGCUGCUUUACAUCUGGCUGCUCUCUCUGGUGUGUGAGGAGGUCAGACAGCUGUUUCAUGAUCCUGAUGGCUUUGGAUUUCAUAAGAAAGCCAAGAUAUACUUCAACGAACUGUGGAAUAUUUUAGAUGUUCUGUCCAUCCUUCUCUUUAUUAUUGGCCUAGCAUUUAGGCUGACAACGGAGCUGUUCUAUGCGGGUAAGAUCCUCCUCUGCAUUGACUUUGUGGUCUUCUGUCUCCGUUUCAUGGCCAUCUUCACCAUCAGUAGAACCCUGGGACCCAAAAUCAUCAUAGUCAGGAGGAUGAUGACGGAUAUGUUCUUCUUCAUGUUCCUGCUGAGUAUCUGGGUGGUGGCAUACGGAGUGGCCAAACAAGGCAUCCUCAUCCACAACGACGUCCGGCUGGACUGGAUCGUCCGCGGGGCGAUUUAUGAGCCGUACCUCAUCAUAUUUGGGAAUUUUCCCACAAAUAUUGAUUAUGCUGCGUUUGACUUAGACUCCUGCAGCAUGGAGGGCACCGACCCUCUGAAGCCAAAGUGUCCUGUGCUGAACGAAAACCAAACGCGCCUUCCCGAGUGGCUCACCAUCAUCAUGCUUUGUAUUUACCUGCUCUUUGCCAACAUACUGCUGCUCAACCUGCUCAUAGCCAUCUUUAACUUCACGUUCCAGGAAGUUCAGGACAACACGGACAGAAUAUGGAAGUUUCAAAGAUACGAGCUGAUCAAGGAGUACCACAGCCGGCCUGCUGCCCCUCCUCCUUUCAUCAUCUUCAGCCAUCUCUACCUCUUCAUCAGGAACAUAGUGCCGUGCAGGACCCCCACCAUGAGCAAGGAGUUUAAAAACGAGCUAACUCUGAUGGAGGAAGAGGAGCUGCUGUCCUGGGAGGCCUUGAUGAAGGACCGAUACCUGAUGUCCACACAGCAGGAGCAGAGCCAGAGCAUGGAGCGACGCAUCCUGGACACGGCCCAAAAGGUUAACACCAUAACUGAUCGACUGGAGAGGGAAGAGGAGUCGAGCUCUGCUGCCGUGGUGCAAAGACUGGCUCGACUAGAGGAGCAGGUCGUCCAGUCAGCCAAAGCCCUGCAGUGGAUCAUGGACAGCCUGAAAUGUGGGGGUCUUGCAGCAAAAGAAUCGCAACCGCCAACAUUGACUACAACAGACGAGUCCCCCGACACUUUGAGAAAUACAUCAGAGAAAGAGGACGGGCUCCACGUCAAUGCCCGUCAGUUUCACUACCCAAACAGCAAACUCACACGCUUUCCUGUGCCUGAGGAGAAGGUGCAAUGGGAGGUCAGCUUCAGCUCAUACAUGCCGGCUUAUUAUGCCUCUGAAGACAGUGGGGACCAUGUGGAUGGAUCAGAAUCAGAAGACUUGGAAAAAUACAUAAACCCGGGAGGAAGGACUGGCAUCAUGGGACGAGGUGCACUAAGCCGCCUUGGUCCAAACCUGAAUGAAGACCUUGUGCUCACACGCUGGCGAGACAGCGAGAGAUCAGUUUUGGAGUGCCUGGUGGUUUUGGAUGAAAGCCAGGGAACCUUGGCUUUACCUGGGGGGCCUCUCCAGUCUGCUGAUCACCUGCCAGAGACUCUUAAGAGAACCUUGGGGAAGACGCUGUAUGGAAAAAUAAAUGCAAAUGUUUCAGAGGGAACAAGGGUGUUUGAGGGUUAUGUGGAUGACUGCAGGAACACAGAUAACGCCUGGGUGGAAAUCACCGUCCUAAACAUUCACCUGGACAGAACGGGCCAGUUGAUGGAUGAUAUCAACAGUCUGGUGGCGAGCCAUGGCGCUUUUCAGUGGCGGGAGGUGAGCAGCAAAACCCAACUUAGCUCAAACCAAAGAGACUCUCUGCGGAAGGUUGCGGAGCGGCACAACAGGAAGUUCUGAUCUUCAACAAUGUACAGCUUUAAAUGUGCCUCUCCAUCGGCAGGGUUUCUUCUGCCGGUUCAUGUGGCCUUUGAAAUAAUUCAGUUGCACUGAAAUCACUUGAAACAAAACACUUUAAAGCCAUAAUGUAUGCUGCUGUGAUAGGUUAUUUAUUUUUGCGCAAAUGUUAUUGGACACCAAACUAAAUAUUAAGACAACACACUGUCUUUUACACUUCAUGCAUGUGUGAGCAGGGGUCAUAUACACUAUGAAUAACUACCAAACAGUACUACAUUUAAGAGGCAAAUAUGGUCCUUUUUCCUUCCCUACAUGUUUAUGACAAUACAGUUAGUUGUUACUUUUCUAUACAAAACAUACAAAUGCAAAUCAUCAUCUUACUGUGUAUAAAUCCAUCAUAAUAAUAAUGCAAAUACAACAUUUAGAGUAUAACGUUAUAACAAUAUAGACCUCUAAAAGGGACCAUACUGCAUAAUGAGGAAUGAAACAGGAGUUUCACACAGUACUUUUCCUUUGUGGUCCUUUUCUGUUGCUUUUAUUUAAGUAAAUAAAUAAAUAAAUUGAAUUGUCUUGCUUUC